UGAUACCACCAUUGCGAUGAUUAUAUAGGUGCAAAAAAAUCAGAGGCAAAAGAAUAGAGGAAGAAGAAGAAGAAGACGACGAAGAAGCCUAAUCCGCCUUGACACCCGUAAAAGGUUGACGGGAUUCAAUCUAUUACCAUGACCUCCAAAGAAAGCAUCUCGCCAAAACAAAACGAUAUCGAUACGCACUCGGUAAUUUCUAUGCAGGAGCUGGACCCCUCACCAGUGCAUGAGGGAUUCUCCGACCUUGAAAGUGGCCAAUACAUCCCUCAAUCACAAGUUUGUCCAUCUAAAGUUGGAAAUAUAUCAGAAGCCAGACAGCCCCGAUUCAACCUAGGUCUCCGUGGACACAACUGGGAUUCAUGGUUAUCCGCACUUCAGAGAUACUCAACGUACCCCCCCACUUUAUUCUUCGCGCUGCAUUUCGCCAACACCUCUCUUUUCCCUCUGGCGACUCGGUCGGUUCCAGAUAGUGAAACCUAUCUGCUUCUUACGAGACCUAUCUACCAGUCUCCAGGGCUUGAACAUGUGAUCCUGACCGUUCCCAUCCUCAUUCAUAUCGCUUCCGGCAUUACUCUCCGCAAUCUUCGUUCUUCUCGCCGUGCACGACUGUAUGGGGCGGAGACUAGGGUCCAGAGAUAUUCCCUGAAUUUCUGGCCGCGGAUGAGCCUGCAAGCACGUCUAGGGUACUGCUUCGUCCCGUUCCUUGGCGCUCACGUCCUCGUAAACCGUAUCACGCCAUUGAUCGCCGAUGGUGGGAGUUCGGGAGUGGGUUUGGGCUAUGUUGCUCAUGGAAUCGCACGAAACCCUGUCUUUUGGAAUGUAUACUACGUGACCCUCGCCGCCGUUGGGAUGUGGCAUAUCGUUGGAGGAUGGGGUGCUUGGAUGGGCUGGCGGGUCACCACUGCUCAGAAGGAACGAGGCUAUAAGAAAUGCUCAAUGGAAAGUUACUUAGGGCACACGGAAAGCGAAGAGCAGGUCAAGAGAAAGAGAAAAAUGUGGUGGAUAGUCAAUGGAGUUGCCGCGCUAGGAACAACUGUCUGGCUGGCGGGCGCUCUGGGUAUAAUUGGUCGUGGAGGCCAGGGUUCGGGAUGGGAGGCCAGUGGCUGGAAUGAAAUUUAUAAACAAGUACCUAUUUUCGGGCCCUGGCUAUGAAAUGGGUAUAUGGUUGGAGAAAUUUUCGGACUUUAUGCAGGCACGCACACCUUUAUAUAUAAAGAGGGAAACAAGCUCUUCGGUUGCAGCUCAUGCAUAUGCAGUACAAUACUCAACAGUGAAACUUGCUUGGUAGCUCAGUUAAGAGACAACAAUUUCCUUUCCCAAAGAAGAUGGACAUAUUGUUGGUUGCAGAGCGCGAUGCGCUCUGCAAUUAUUUUAUUUAUAUACUCCCGUACGUGAGAAUGUAUUGGACCUUAAAAUAAUGGUCCGUGCGUUAUGUCCGAUCCUCUGUUCUUUUUUUCUUUUUCUUUUUUUUUCGGGUGCGGCGAACCAAAC